AAUGGAGAGGUUUGCGAUUUUAUGAAAUGGUUGUUGAAGAUAGAUCAUUUGGCGGGAAGCCGAUCUUGGUUCUCUAAUUACGUUCUCUUGAGCGGCGAGUCCACGUUCUCUAUAGUUUUAUUGUGAAUUUCUAGAGAAGCAGGUACAUCAAAGGUUCAGAUAAAAUGGAGGAUGCUACAACCGCACGUCUCAAGAGUCUAAUAAUCAGUAGCAAUGAUGCAUUGGAAUUCAAAUUAAUAAGAAAUCCCGAUGAUGUGGAUGAUGACAAACUCAUUUUCAAGCCUGAGAUGUCUCAUCAAGUUUUCGGCGACAGUGAAAACAUAUUUGGGUACCGAGACUUGCGCAUCAAACUGUACUACUCGGCUGGCUGUUUGGAAACCUACUUAGGAAUGACGUAUUCCGAAAAAGCUGAUCACACGUUAUGUGAAGGUGUAGAAGCUGAUGAAGUUUUACCCAAAGUCAGUGAGAAGUUGGCUCCAAAAGUUCACAGCAGCAUGGAUUCGUUUAUUGCAGCACUUAAAAAUGAUGAAACUUUUAUACCACACGGAACCUUGAUUCACUCGUUUUCAAUAAAUGAUAAAGACAAGGGCGUCAGAUAUUUUGAAGUUUACAAAGCAGAUAUGAGCUGUAAAGGCUUUAAGGAGUACCACGAGCGUCUACAAACAUUUCUACUUUGGUAUAUAGAUGCCGCUAGUUUUAUCGACAUUGAUGAUGACCAAUGGCAUUACUUUAACAUAUUUGAGAAGUACACUCCUACCGUGGGAUCGCAUCGGUAUGCGACUGUUGGUUUUGCAACGGUUUAUCAGUAUUAUGCCUAUCCGCAUCAUGCGAGACCUCGAAUUGCCCAAGUUCUUGUUCUUCCACCGUUUCAAGGGCUUGGUAUAGGGGCUCAGCUUCUUUCUGCCAUUUACAGAGAGUACAUUGGACGAAGCGAAGUCAAAGAUAUUACAGUUGAGGAUCCAUCUAUAACCUUCCAACGUGUACGCGAUUUUGUCGAUGCUCAAAAUUGUAAAACUUUAGAGAGUUUCAGCAAAAGCAAUCUGUUACAGGGAUUUAAUAAAAACAUGGCUGCAGAAGCUAGUAUAAAAUUCAAAAUAAACAAGAAACAAGCUCGCAGAGUCUAUGAAAUACUGAGAUUACGUGUUACCGAUGUGUCUAACGAGCAGGAAUACCAAGCAUAUCGGUUGGAUGUUAAAAGAAGAUUAAAUGUUCCAUUUCAACGUGAGCAAAAAAACUUCAAGAAAUUACAAAGAGCUUUAAAAUCCGUAGAAGGAAGCACUGUAAUUGAUAGUCCAUCUCCCGAACAGAGGAUGCAAAUUCUUGAUAAACAGUAUAGGCUUCUGGAACAAGACUACAAAAAAGUGAUAGGAAGAAUUGAAGCCUCUCCUUAGCUUUGAAUUGUAAUAGAACAUGGUAUAAGACUACGAGUACAAAAUUCUAAAGAACAAGUCAAAAAAUACAAAGCAUAUAUUUGGCUCUAUGCGGAUUCAUGCAGCAAGACGAUUCACUCGUUCAACUUUCUGCGCGUUUGUAAUUUCUAUUGUGUCGUUACAGUCUGUUUACCUGAUAGUAUGUCACAAAACCUUAUCAUUGUUCUAUUUGGCCAAUACUACGCAGUAACCUGUUAAUCGCCGGCGUGUAUUGUUCUUAAUCAAUUGUACAGAACAAUUUUCGGUUAAUUGGCAACUAUUUGAGAUUUUCGUAUGCAUUAUUUCUCUUUGUGAUACUUUAUUAUUACUUACUAUUUUUCUACACUUUUUUUUCGCAAGUGAAUUCGUAACAUUUGCAUACUUAUGUACGUGAAAGUGUGUCAACGAUUGAUUAAAGCUGUUUCGAAAAU